UUCCAAUACAAACAAAUCGAGGAGAGAACAGCCGCAGAGUACAUUAACAUUUGGAUCAUCAUUUUAAAAAGGCCCGUCGUUCAUGUGUGAUUAAGCGAGCGUGCAUGUAUUGUGUAUACACAUCUAUAUAUGUAUAUAUAUGUACAUAUGUAGAUAGUCUAGUUCGUCUUCUUCUUCUUCGCAUAAUCAAAUGCGAUAAUGUGUCGCUCUUGUUAUGCACGCUGUUUUAAUCACAGUUUUGUUUUGAUCGUCGGCGUGAAGGGGAGCUUGAAAGAUCGCCAAUUUGGGCAUUUCUUGAUCAAAGUUUAAUUUCCCAUUCCAUCUGGCUCGGAUCAACGAACAAUCAUAAUGAGUGAAGUCCAUAUUUUUGAAUUGAACGAUGAUUGUAUGCGAUCGGUGAUCCAAUAUCUGAGUGUGGAGGAUAAAUUCAAUUUGUACCAUGUCUGCACGUUUUUUCGCCAACUGCUGACAGAGUGUUCGGGGAAGUGCCAAAAGAUGAUAUGCAAUGCCUAUGAAAAAAGUCAUAGACAGAAGCUACUGCUAGGUUCUCAUAACGUAAAAGAACUUAGUAUUGCAUUGAAUAAUACUAGCUAUUAUUGGCCGCUGUUAGCAAUGCCAGAAAUGCUGUGCAAAAUUAUUGAAGGAAUGACCCAAUUGGAGCAUUUGUCGUUAAGUAUUGAUGCAAAUUUGGCGAGAUGGCAGCCAGUCGUGCUGGCUUUACGGAAUUUACCGAAGUUCAAAAGUCUCAGUAUAUCUGGCCCGAGUCAGCAGUUUCAAAAUUGUAAUCGCCCAUUCGAGGUUUUACCCAACUACUUCCUUAAAAAUCUAAGCCAUUUGAGGCAUCUAGAGGAGCUUUCCCUAACAGCCCAGGUUUACGUGCACGAUUUAGUGGAAUAUUGCAAGUCAAAUGAUAAGCUAAGGGCUCUACGGCUACACGGUGGAUGUGAGGGAAACAUUUCGGCUAUUGCCACACACUGUCCGAACUUGGAGGAGGUGAAGUUUCGCAUGGAAAAGGAAACGGACUAUGAACCAGUUACGAAGUUACCGAAACUGAAAAAACUGAUCAUCGAAGGGAAUGUGUGGUAUCCUAUGGCCAUAUUUUUCAAGACCUUCUCUUCGGAGAGCUUGGAGCAACUACAGUUAAUAGAUGUGCAACACAUACACCUGGAUUUCGAGGCAACACAACAGAUUGUACGCAUGAAGGCUUUAAAGAGCCUGAGUUGCUAUUUUCGAGAGGCCCGAUCUAUGGAACUUCUGAGUCAACUCAAGGAGCUAGAAGAGAUAUUCAUUGUUCGAUCCAAUUUCGUUGGCUUUCCAGCGGCGUUCCUAAAAAUCUUGACAUCCUGCACAAAGUUGGAUUGCUUUUGCAUUGGAGAUGCAUUUGAAUUAACUCGCGAUCUCAUUUUUCAAGUAGCCGAGCUAUUGGAGUCGAUCAGAAAUCCCAUCGCACAAGAACCACUGAAACUGGAAUUGGGCGUAUUUACAAAAUUGUCACCGCGAGACGCGAGACUGAUCGACACAGCUUAUUUGCGACUAGGUACAAAUCCCUACUCAACAGUUAAAUAAAUGUAUUAAGAUAUUAUCAUUGGUUCAUCUUUUUGUCAAAGAAAU